AUGCAGGAGACGGGGUGCGCCGUCACCGCGCUUUCUGCAUCGGUUUACGCCAUUCAUACAGGGUCAUUCGGUUCACCGGGGUAACACAGCAGCAGUAGACGAAGAUGAUGGCCACAUCACGGGCGCGCGUGCCUCCGUUCUCCUCAUGACCGACCGGCGGCGGCGGCAGCAUCUGCGUGCUGGUUUGGGUUCGUCUCUUACCGGGCUGGCGUGGAACCGAUCCCCCCGUCUGGCGGAGCGUCUGCCAGGCUGAGUCACCACUGAAGGUCCCGAGAGACAGAGAGAGAGAGUGAAAGUGAAGAGACAUUACAUCACAUAGUGGCAGGGGAAGUGUGUGAGAAAAGAAGACCAGAGUGAAGUGAACGUAAGGGAAAGCAAGAGAAGAGGGCAAAACAACAAACAGAAAGUAGAGCACUGGGCUCACCCCCUGACCCUUGAACUUUGACCUCGGUGCCAACAUGAAUGACCAGAACGUGGUGAAAGAGGGCUGGGUGCAGAAGAGAGGUGAAUACAUUAAGAACUGGCGACCGCGGUACUUCCUGUUAAAGACGGAUGGAUCGUUUAUUGGAUAUAAAGAGAAGCCACAGGAUGCUGAUCUGGCAUAUCCACUCAACAACUUCUCUGUGGCCAAGUGUCAGUUGAUGAAGACGGAGAGACCGAAGCCUAACACCUUCAUCAUCAGGUGUCUGCAGUGGACCACUGUGAUCGAACGCACCUUCCACGUGGACACGCCUGAGGAGAGGGAUGAGUGGGUGGAGGCCAUUCAGAUGGUGGCGGACAAGCUCGCCAAACAGGAAGAGGAAGGAAUUCUGUGUAGCCCCAUAUCGCAGAUCGAAAACGUCAAUGAGGAAGAGAUGGACACGUCAACCAGUCAUCACAAACGAAAGACAAUGAAUGAUUUUGACUAUCUGAAGUUACUGGGCAAAGGCACAUUUGGGAAAGUGAUUCUGGUCAGAGAGAAAGCGAGCGGCACAUAUUAUGCAAUGAAGAUCCUGAAAAAGGAGGUUAUUAUUGCUAAGGAUGAAGUGGCUCAUACGCUUACAGAGAGCAGAGUUUUGAAAAACACUAGGCAUCCGUUUUUAACUUCGCUGAAGUACUCGUUUCAGACGAAGGAUCGUUUAUGUUUUGUUAUGGAGUAUGUGAAUGGAGGAGAGUUAUUUUUUCAUUUGUCGAGAGAACGUGUGUUUUCAGAGGAUAGAACCCGUUUCUAUGGUGCCGAGAUUGUCUCUGCAUUGGAUUACUUGCACUCUGCAAAGAUUGUUUACCGUGACUUGAAGCUGGAAAACCUGAUGUUGGAUAAAGACGGUCACAUAAAGAUCACUGAUUUCGGUCUUUGUAAGGAGGGAAUUACAGACGCAGCCACCAUGAAAACAUUCUGUGGGACUCCAGAGUAUCUGGCCCCCGAGGUAUUGGAGGACAAUGAUUACGGGAGAGCGGUGGACUGGUGGGGUCUUGGAGUCGUUAUGUAUGAGAUGAUGUGUGGACGCCUGCCCUUUUACAAUCAGGACCAUGAGAAGCUGUUUGAACUGAUUCUGAUGGAGGAGAUCAAAUUCCCCAGAACCCUCUCUGCUGAUGCCAAGUCUUUACUGUCUGGACUACUCAUAAAAGAUCCCAACAAGAGGCUCGGAGGAGGACCGGAUGAUGCUAAAGAAAUCAUGAGGCACAGUUUCUUCACGGCAGUGGACUGGCAGGAUGUCUAUGACAAAAAGCUCGUACCGCCAUUCAUGCCGCAGGUAUCAUCUGAAACUGACACCAGGUAUUUUGAUGAGGAGUUCACAGCACAAACCAUCACCAUCACUCCUCCAGAGAAAUGUGAGUGUGCUGUUUUCCCUCCCGCUCUCUCUUUUCCCGUAGACACUUCCUCAUGGCACAGGAAGAGGAAGUUACAUUCAAGUCUGAGCUGUACACAAUGUAAGAGACACUUUUUUCCUCUCUGUAUUGAGCAUAUCACUGUGAAAAUCAGUGAACACCUUUUUUCUGCUAUCGCUAGGAAAUUAAUUUUUCUUUUAGAGCAAAUGGAAAAUUCAAUCUGUUGUCGGUGAAUAGCAUUGAGUCCCGUUCACACAGACAGUGAUUUUAUCACUGGAGGUCACCAGGUCGCUGUAUUGUUCGUCGGUAGUGGCCGUUCCUGACGCUGGUCGCUCUAAUGUUUUUGGUGGGCUGCAUAACUGGUCGUAGCUUCUAGAAAUCUAAUGAGAAAUUAGAUGUAUUUUCGGUAGAAAGAUGUCAUUCUAUUCUGACAAGGAAUCUGUUUUCUUGCUGCUAAAGUGAACAUUCUGGAGUGGAAAGUGUUUAAAUUUGCAUCAAUGCAUAAUGCAUUAAUACCAGUAAAAAUAAGAUAUUUAUAUUGCAUAUCAUAGAGGCAAACUUGCAUGGACAUUUUUAACUGAUCGUCUUUCUCUCUCUGUCUCUCCCUGCAGAUGAUGAGGACGGGAUGGACUCAGCCGAUAGCGAACGGAGACCACAUUUCCCACAGUUCUCUUAUUCAGCCAGCGGGCGGGAGUGAUGUCAUCAAACAACGGAACCUGAGUAGCCAUGCUAGAAAGAGCCUCCCGUCUCUCUACCCCCUCUCAUUCAUUACUGAUAAACAUAGCAAGUUAUUUUUGUUGCUUUCUGUUUGUUUGGGGGGGGCGGGGUUUGGUUUAUUUCUUAAUGUGGGACUUAAAAAGGGGGUUUUGCACAGUUGGGUGAGUCUUGAGCAAGUCGACCCACAUUUAAAAUUCUUGUUCACUGUCAGCUUGUUUACAGAUCAUGGACAGUGUUUUCGGUAAAAUGACCAGUAUUGUUAAUGACGACCUAAUUUUAUUUUUUAUUUUGCACUUGUUUAAGAGCCGUUGUUGGGAACAAACCAAAAAUGUUGCCUUAUGUGUGUGGAUCUCAUCUGUCAGACAGAUGGAUGCACAGACAUGUAGUUAGGGUUAUUAGAAGCAGCACUAGUUCUGUUCCUAUGAGGCUCACAAAUUAAAUUUAGUUGAUUUUUAUGUUACACACAUCCUCCUUUGGAGGAGCUGGAGGAUUCUGAUCUUUAUCGAUACUUUCGAUAAAAAGGAAAAUGUAAAGAAAGAGUGGGAAAGUGUAUCAGAGGACUCUAGUGUUAAUAUUUGGUUUCUUUUUUUAAUGCUUACAUUCUGAUAUGAAGGUUUAAGUUACAAAUACACAACUGUACAACAAACUGCCGUUACUGUAAGCUCUCUCAGGCAAUUCAGAGCACAAGAGUGAAUCUCACGAAACCUGGCAAGAACAUGUCCCCAUCAUAAGAAAUUAUGUCAUUAUUCGAUCAGGUUUAUGACAUCAUUUUCAUGACAAUUAAGCACAUGUUCCCUUUAAAUUCUCAUUACAGUAAUGUGAAAAAUACCACAUUCUCAUUACUGUAAUAUGAAACAAAAUAGUCAUUUACAUUUUUUAAAAUAUAUGUCAUGGUAGUACUUGUUGUAAAAUAAUUUAUGCAUUGUGACAUUUUCCUGACAGCUGAGCACAUUUUCCCCCUAAAUUCUCAUUACCGUAAUGUGAAAAAAUCUCAUUGUCAUUACUGUAAUACGAAACAAAAAAGACAUCUAAAGUUUUUAAAACUUUGUCAUGGUAGUAUUUGUUGUACAAGAGUUUUUGCAUUGUGACAUUGUUUUCAUAACAAUUAAGCACAUUUCCCCCUAAAUUGUCAUUACCGUAAUGUGAAAAAAUCUCAUUACUGUAAUACGAAACAAAAAUGUCAUCUAAAUAUUUAUGUCAAAUAAAUAUUUGUUGUACAAGAUGUUUUGCGUUGUGACAUUUUAGCGAUAACUGAGCAAAUUUCCCCCCAAAUUCUCAUGACCAUAAUGUAAUUAUUUUUAAUUGUCAUUACUGUAAAAUUUAAAUGAAUUUUUGUUUCAUAUUACAGUAAUGAGAGCGCUUUUUUUCACAUUACAGUAAUGAGAAUUUGAGGGAAAGUGUGCCUAAAUGUCAUGAAAAUGUCAAUACUAAACGACUCGUACAACAAAUAGUAUCGUGACAUGAACACUUAAAAUUAAAUGACUCUUUUGUUUCGUAUUAAAGUAUUUAUGUCAUGGUAGUAUUUGUUAUACAAGAAGUCUCAUAUUGUGAGAUUGAUGAUGCACCCCCCACCCCCCAAUUACAAUACACCCGUAUACAUUACAGAGGAAAACUGCUAAAUUGUCAUGAAAAUAAUGUCAUAAUGCAAAAAUUUGCAAUGGCCCUAAAACAAGUUUCAUUUCCUUGACACAAAACAUCAUUUAUUAUUUUUUUAUUUUGCGGUGAAAUGCGACCUGGACAUGUUUUCGUGAGAUUCACCCACAAAUCUACCCACCGACGGAGUGAAACCUACCCAGAUAUGAUGUUUAUCAUCUUGUCCUUAAUUCCUCACCUCUGCCUUGCUGAAAAGGACCACUUUGAACUUUUUACUCUCUCCAAAACUGAUUCAACCGUUAAGGACAAUGUUUAAGGACUGGAUUUGGGUGGCGUUUCACCUUUACUGUAUCGAUCAACAGGUAUGUCUUUCUCACCCAGCACAGAGAAAGACAACUCAACCACUAUCCCUCACUUCAUAACACAAAGAGUUAACUUAUAAUAGUUGGAGUAAUGUUGGACUAUUCCAGAAGAUGUAAAUACAAACUCUCUAUCUCUUUUUACCAUUAUCGUUACAUGUAUUAUGAUUUUUUGCAUCGAAACGUUACAGUCCUGUCUCCAUUGCUGUGGAAAUCGUACGGAUGCGUGUUGUCUGUGUUUGGAAUCAAUAACAAGUCAGAUCACAGACUCAUUUUAUGUGCAACUGAGCCAUGCAAUACCAGUGUGAAUGACUCCCGACCCCGAAACCACCCCAAGUGUGAUGUACAUAUGCAAUGCCUUCCGUUUGUGAUGCGUCACAGCCCGAGAAAAAAGUUGUGUGACAGUAAUUGUGUGAACUGUUGGAUGACAAAAAUUAAAAUGCGAAUUGAAAAAAUGUCCUGAAAUGACACAAAAUCACUGGAAAACGUCUAUCAUGUGGAUGUUUCCAUAGAGACGAGUUGCUAUGGUUUCAGUCCCAUCCUGUUUGUUCCUGAUCCAGUGAACAUUUUGGAAACUGCCAGUAUUCUUCAUAGCGAAUGAUAUGAGUGUAUGUGAGUGUAAGUUUGUUAUUUUCACUCUGUGACAUUUCUGGCUAACAGCAAAUCCUCACUAGGUUUUCUAAUGUUUUGUUUGUUUCAGCGUAUUUUUGUACCAUAGAUGUAAUUUAGUUGUAUUUAUUUUCAUAUGUUGGGAUGAAGGACGCUGUCGGAUGCGUUCAUUAAGUGCUCUCUCUCUCUCUCCCUCAUUAUUUUUUAUACCUUUCCUUUAGUCGUUUGCCUGUUUUGUUUUCAUACCAAAUCAUUAGGGCAAGUGCCACAUAGAGGACUUGCAUUGCCAUUUGGUAGUAUUUAUUUUAAGUUAUAUUAAAAUGUUCAAAUUUG